CAGAGGCAGAGCAGCUACUGUACUUUCAAGUUUUUAGUCUUAAACCCUAAACCCUGAGAUCAAUUUCAUCGAUAAGGACUUGUUUGGCGAAAUGUAUCGGUUCGCUACUGCUGCCUUGGCUUCCAGAAAACAAGUGUGUAGUAGGAUAUUAUCUUCCAGAAAUUAUGUUGCUAAAGACAUCAAUUACGGAAGCGCGGCACGGAUGGCUAUGUUGCAAGGUGUCAAUGACCUUGCUGAAGCUGUUAAGGUCACUAUGGGUCCCCAGGGUCGUAAUGUGAUAAUUGAGAGUAGCCGUGGGAGUCCAAAGGUUACAAAAGAUGGUGUGACAGUAGCUAAAAGUAUCAAUUUCGAGGAUAAAGCCAAAAAUGUUGGUGCUGCUUUGGUGAAACAGGUGGCGAAUGCUACUAAUACUGCUGCAGGAGAUGGUACCACUUGUGCCACUGUAUUGACCCAAGCAAUAUAUGCCGAAGGUUGUAAAUCGAUUGCUUCUGGCAUUAAUGUUAUGGAUUUGCGCAGUGGUAUAAUGAUGGCAGUUGAUGCUGUAAUAUCCAACUUAAAGAGCAGAGCAACAAUGAUUAGCACACCAGAAGAAAUUGUCCAGGUAGCUACUAUCUCUGCCAAUGGUGACCGCGAAAUUGGUGAAUUAAUAGGGCGGGCAAUGGAGAAAGUUGGAAAAGAAGGGGUCAUUACAAUUGUUGAUGGUAAUACUCUGGAUGAUGAGCUAGAAGUAGUGGAAGGGAUGAAACUAGGGAGAGGUUAUAUAUCUCCAUACUUUGUUACCGACGCGAAGACUCAGAAAUGUGAACUAGAAAAUCCCUUGAUUCUUAUUCAUGAUAAGAAAAUCUCCGACAUGAACACGCUUGUAAGAAUAUUGGAGAUGGCUAUAAAGAGAAAACGACCACUUCUGAUUAUUGCUGAGGAUUUGGAGAUUGAUGUACUGGCUAUGCUCGUUCUUAACAAACACAGGGCUGGUGUUAAGGUCUGUGCUAUCAAGUCUCCUGGUUUUGGGGAUAAUAGAAGAGCCAAUCUGGCGGACAUUGCAGUUCUUACCGGAGGAGAGGUUAUCAGUGAAGAACGUGGUUCAAGUCUUGACAAAGUCAGCAUUGACGUCCUUGGCACUGCAAAAAAGGUAACUGUUUCUCUUGAUGACACACUAAUUCUACAUGGAGGCGGAGAUAAGAAGCAGAUAGAGGAAAGAUGUGAAGAGCUAAGGGUCACAAUUGAGAAGAGUACUGCCAUGUUUGAUAAGGAGAAGGCACAAGAGAGGCUAUCGAAGCUCUCUGGUGGUGUUGCAGUUUUCAAGGUAGGAGGGGCUAGCGAGGCAGAAGUUGGAGAAAGGAAAGAUAGGGUCACAGAUGCUUUAAAUGCUACAAGGGCUGCUGUGGAAGAGGGCAUUGUCCCAGGUGGUGGGGUUGCUCUCCUGCAUGCUACCAAAGUUUUGAAGGACCUUAGAACUGUUAAUGAUAGCCAGAAAAGAGGCGUCCAGAUAAUUGAGAAUGCUCUGAAGACACCUACUCAUACAAUAGUUUCAAAUGCUGGUGGUGAUGGCGCCUUGGUUCUUGGCAAGCUAUUGGAACAAGAUGAUCUCAAUAUGGGUUAUGAUGCCGCCAAAGGUCAGUACGUUGAUAUGGUGAAGGCGGGGAUUAUUGAUCCACUGAAAGUUGUUAGAACAGCCUUAGUAGAUGCUGCCAGUGUCUCUUUAUUGUUGACAACAACGGAAGCAUCUAUUGUUGAUCGGUUGGGGGAGAAGAACCCUUUGGCUAAUCGUAUGCCCGACAUGGAUGCUUUGGGUUAUUAAUGAUCUCAACACGGAAGAUAUGUUACAUACUUGUUAGUCCUAGCUAAUCGAUUAUAAUGCAAUUGUACAAUAUAGACUAUAGAGCUUAUAGCCUUAUAUUCUAUUGAAAAACUGAAGCACUAUACGGGUUUUGGCACAAAUGUGGCCAUCAAACUUUAGUAUUCUGGUUUGCAGAUGUCAUAUUUGUUGUAAGGGCCUUGCAAUGGAAAAUUCAAAUAUGUAUUGCAAGUUUGCAACAC